AAGCAGCCCAAACCAAGCUACGAAGGACACUCAUCUCUUCGUACGAGACUACCCAACCCGUGAAAAACCCCAUCGAAUCUAGGGUUUUAGAACUCGUCGGAGGAAGGAGAAGAGAGAACCGAGGAAAUCUAAAAGGGGAAGAAUCCCAAGGCGGCGAGAUGAGCAGAAGCUUAGGGAUCCCGGUGAAGCUCCUCCAUGAGGCCGCAGGCCACGUGGUGACGGUGGAGCUCAAGAGCGGCGAGCUCUACAGGGGAAGCAUGAUCGAGUGCGAGGACAACUGGAACUGCCAGCUCGAAAACAUCACUUACACUGCUAGGGAUGGUAAAGUUUCACAACUUGAGCAUGUUUUCAUUAGAGGCAGCAAAGUCCGGUUCAUGGUCAUACCUGAUAUGCUGAAAAACGCUCCUAUGUUUAAAAGAUUGGAUGCCAGAAUCAAGGGCAAAGGUUCCGCACUAGGUGUUGGCCGUGGUCGCGCUGUUGCUAUGCGUGCCCGGGCACAAGCUGCAGGUCGUGCAGGUGGCCCCCCUGGUAGAGGUGUAGUGCCACCAGUAAGACGAUAGUCAUCUUCAAGCGUGCCCGAAUUUCCUUAACUUCUGCAGCGCAUCAUUUCUUGAGGGUCCUUUGGUUGUAGACCGAGACUUCUAGCAACAGUGUUGCUGUUUAGAUGUAAACAAAGUUUCUUCACCUUCUACAACUGAUUUCUUCUGUUGACCUCAAUCAGUUUAGAAUUUGUACUGCUUUCUGGUUCUUAUGUCCCGUGUCAGUGCCUGGAGGUACUAAUGUAUUCUAGUUUUAUCUGUGGGAUUUGCAAUAUCAUUUCUGCGACCUGAUUGAGUUUGUUCUGCCACCAUCAUCAGAUCUCACUUGCUCUACCACCUUUUUGUAACUGAUAUCCCAAAUUAUAUGUGUUAACGCCAAACUCAGAACUCAAUAUUGUGAUUGUGUGUACUUAUGUACUCACUGGCUAGAGAUUCUAAGGUGGUUCAA